UAUGAUCCCACCGGACUGCAUCGUUCAUGUUGGUUCUAUGUUGAUUAUGUGCAGAGAAGCAUUGAUUUUAUGUGGAUUAUGUGGAUAAACGUUCGCUCAUCUUAAGGACAUGUGGGCUAACCAAGCGUGGGCGUCGGGAACUGUACCCGGCGCUCCUACAGGACAGAGUGUCAAGUCCCCAGCCAAUGUACGUACCACAACUACUUCCAAAGAGCCUUCCAGCAGUUGGCAGCAGAAUCAGGACAAGAUUAGUGCAUUGCAACAACAAGCUCAGCAGUAUGCAGCCUAUCAACAGCAACGUGAGCAGCAAUGGCCGCCAUCAGCUCAAUCUACUGUCAACCCAUGGGUGUGGGGACAGUCUGGGGUAUAUGGAAUGUACAACAUGUAUGGGAACCCAACAGCUGGUGUUCUUCCAAUGAUGUCGGUUCCUCCUCCAACAUACCAGUCCAACAAUAUCCCCCAGUACAAUGCACCGCCCCCCGAGGUGCCCCCACCACCCCCAGAGGAUCCUCCUCCUCCACCACCACCAGAUGAGGACAAAGACAAACUGCAGAAGGAGAGCAUGAAGGAUUCGGCACUAGAAAAGAAAGACCCUCUUUUGUCAGAGAAAAAGGAGGACAGCAAGUCACAGGAUAAGCCAGAUGAAGGGAAGGCCCCUGACAAUCAGGCCGCAGAGUCAAGGACCAAGCCUGCUGAUAGUAAGGAACCGGCCCAAGGCCCCCAAAAAGACGACAUGGAAUCUGAGGCCAAAAGACAGAGACUCGAGGGACAGGACCCAGCCAACCCACAGGGCUUCAACUCCAACCAGGGUGAACAAGGCGGCAGCUGGGGGAAUCCCUACACACCAGCCGGCAAUCAGCACGACAGCGGCCGAGGCAGGGGGAACUGGCACCCUAGAGGAGGCAUGGGACGUGGGGAUAACCGAAUGCCCUGGAACAGCAAUCCUGGAGGAAACAACAUGAACCAGCCUUGGGGACAGUACAACCAGGGACCAGACAACAGUGGAAGGAAUCCCCAAGAGCAAGGCGAUAGAAAUAUUGCCAAUUACACCCAGGAUUCUGCGAGAGGAGGGUCCGGUGAUAACAGAGGAAAUACUCCUGGAGGUGGCCGUGGACUCCUAAAUCAGCCAAAUGAUAUGCAACAAAUGAAUCCAAAAUCAGAGUUGGAUGAGGAGUAUGAUGAAGACUUGAAAGAGUUUGAUAGACAGUUUGGAAACUGGGAGAGGCAGUUCACACAGUGGCGAGAGCAAAAUAAGAAUCAUCCCGAUAAGAAUGCACUUAACAGGUACGAGGAAGACUGGAAGAGAUGGCGACAGGAACUGUUACAGAAACGUGAAGAAAUUAAAAAGAAAAAAUUGGAAAAGUUGCAGGAAGAGGCAAACAAGAAUGUUGAUCCUGCCACCAACAAGAGUGCCCAGUCCCCAGCCAAUGUAGGUACCACAGCUACUUCCAAAGAGCCUUCCAGCAGUUGGCAGCAGGAUCAGGAGAGAGGAAAUACUACGUUUGGCCAGGGGCCAGAGAGAAGAGAUCUGAACCAAGCAGCCAGCUCAAGAGGCUUCAGUGACGAAAGCCAAGGGGGUGUCAAUCAGAACCAAAUGGGGAGAGGACGUGGAGGAUUCAACAGGGGUGGCAUGGGCCCUGACCACAAUCGCGGGGGCUAUAACCAGCAAGGCCGAGGCAGGGAUGACCAGGGACGAGAAAACUCUGCUUGGGGCGGAAUAGGACAGUUUGAGCAGAAUCAAGGUUUUGAUCCCUCCAACCAAGGAGGAUUCGACCAGUUCAAUCAGGGUAGAGGAGGGUUCUCUAAUUUCCGAGGAAGAGGAGGAUUCAACCAGCCGAACAGUGGAAGAGGAAGAUUCAAUCAGUCUGACCAAAAUGAGGGGCUUCAGCAGAACAACUUUAGCCAAGACAAUCAGCCAUUAGGUGGAUUGAAUCAAGACAGACAAAAUCAAGGUAGCUCUGGAAUGCGAGGCUUUGGCCGAGGAGGAUUUGACCGCGGACGAGGAGGAUUCAGCCAGAGGGGGAGAGGUCAAGGAAUGUUCAAUAACCAGGGCCUAGGGCCAGAACCAUCCCAGCAAGAAGAUUCUGCCAUGUGGAAUAAAGAUAAAGAUGACAGGAUUCAAGGAGGAUUUAACCAGGACCCACACAACAGAGGAGGAUUUAAUGCCAAUAAUCGAGGACAGGGUAAUUUUGACCAAGAUGAUCGAGAAAUGAGGAGCUAUGAUGAAAAUGAAAGGAUUCAAGUUGACAGUGGCAGAGGCCGUGGUAGUUUUGACAUGAGAGGUAGAGGUCGCGGCAACUUUGACCAAGGUGGCAGAGGCUAUGACCGUGGCGGUAGAGGUUGGGGAGACUUUGAGCAAACGGGGAGAAGUCCCGGUAAUUUUAACCAAAGUGAUAGAGGUUUUGGAGACUUCGAAAACAGCAACAGAGGUCGAGGAGGUUUUAACCAAAGUGGCAGAGGCCGUGGAGGCUUUGAACAAAAUGAAAGGGGCUGGAGUAAUUUUGAACAAGAUGGUAGGGGUAUGGGAGGCUUUGACCAAGACAGCAGAGGUCGUGGAAACUUUCACCAGCGUGGCCGUGGAGGAUUCGACCAAGGUGGGAGAGGCACUCCUGGAGGCUUUGACCAAGGUGGAAGAGGCACUCCUGGAGGCUUUGACCAAGGAGAGAGAGGCUCCAAUUUCUUCGACCAAAGUGGAAAAGGUCUGGGUGAAAGAGGUCCCUUCGACAAUGAGAGAAGCCAGGAAGGCUUUGAUCAAGGGAGAAGAGGCCCUGGAGAUUUUGACAUGGGCGCAAGAGGUCGGGGAGGCUUUGACCAUGGGGCAAGGGGAGGUAGAGGUGGCUUCGAUCAGGGAGGGAGAGGCCGUGGAAAUUCAAAUUUCAACAACCAAGAUCAUCCAAACUUUGGCAGAGGGAGAGACUUUGGUCAGAGGGGAGGGAGCCAGUUUGGUCCAGGCCGAGGAGGACGCAGUGGCAUGCCUGACCAGGCUAUGCAUGAUGGCCCUAAUGAUGCAUUUGGAGAAAACAAACCUAAUACAGAUCAGGGCUGGAAUAAUAACACAGACAGAUGGCAAGGAAACAAUCCACCAUGGGGACCAGGAGGUAGAGGCGGCUUUAGUGGACCUGGUAACAGAGGCCGCGGCAAUGACCGUUGGGAUGGCCGGGACGAAGGCGGCCAAGGAAGGAAUUCCAACAUGGGCCCAAAUAGGGGACAAAACCCUGCAUGGUGGAACUCUGGGUCAAGGGAGAGCCUACUCGAUCAGAACAGUGGGUCGCAGCUGACCGGGAAAGAUGACCAACGGAAAGGAGACAAGAGCAGCUUCGGCUUCGGCAUGAAUGAGCCUGGCACCAUCCCAGGGCUGGACCUCCCAGAUAUGCAGGCUCCCACAGAGAAGAAAAACAUGACGCCAAACCAGAAGAAUCCUGUGUCGGCCAAGACAGUGUUCCAUGACCAAGAGGACGAGAAGAUUGAUGUUAAACUUGGUGCUGAACGCCUCCACAUAGGGCCAAUUGGCGUACCGCAUAGCAAGGAAAAGUUUACACUACCAGAAGAUUGGUAUGAUGACGAGGAAGAAAAUGAACACAAGGACACAGAGAACAAGGAAGAGGCUAAUAGACCAGAGGAGCCUGCUCAUUCAGAAAACAAGAAAGACGAGCCCUUCGAACAAGGCUUCAAGGGUCCACAGAAUGCAGGAUUUGGAAUGCCCAACAGAGACAUGCAGCAAAGGCCAUGGCAAGAGGAGAGGAGAGAUAGACCGAUGUUUGGUCAAGAUUUUGAAGGCCAGCAGAAACCAGGUUUUGGAAUGCCAGACAGAGACAUGCAUUCACCAUGGCAAGGGGAUAAUCGAGACCGACCGCCUUUUAGACAAGGCCCAAUGGAUCCUCAGCGUCCCAACAGACCAGAGUCUAAUCCAAGGGCACCAGACACUAUGAUGCAUGAACGUUGGGGCAGCCGAGAGGACGACCCCAGACAAGAGCGCUUCCCAAGGGAUGCUGGUCCAAAAGGCCGCUGGGGAGAAGGAUUGGACAGGCAUUGGGAUGACCGUUUUCCAGGAAGAGGUGGUCCAGAUGACCGUUAUAGAGACGAUCCCUACUACAAUAGGUGGGAUAAUUUUGGUGAUCGAAGAGGCCAAGACCCCUAUUGGAGGGACGAACGCGAUCCCUACUAUGAGGACCGCUAUGGGAGAGGGUCAAAAGACUAUUACGACUGGCCACCACAUGAAAGGGAUUAUUACGAUAGAGAGAGAGAGCGCUUUUAUCCGGAGGGCAGGGGUCCAAGAGGGUCCUUUGAAAGGAAUGAACCAGGCUUUGGCACAGAACCCCGGAAUUUCCAUGAGAGAGAUCGGAGAAACAGCUUUGACCGAGAGGGAAGAGAAUUUUAUGAUAGAGACAGAAGGGAUACAUAUUUUCGAGGAGAUCGAGAUGACUUUGGAAGAGAUUCUCGAGACUGGAGUGCGCAGGCUGUAGAAAACCGAACAGUUGUUGACUAUGGACACAGUGGACCUAGUUCAGGCGGAAUGAAAAUGCCACCAAAUGAAGGUUCAUCUUUGGGAAUGGGAGCGAAUAUGCCAAAACAGGGACAGGCUAACAUACCAGAGCAUGUAAGAAGAGACCCUAGCUUCAGAAUGGGAAGUGACGACAGAAGAGACAACCGGAGACAUGAGAAUUCCCCAAGACCCCCCAACUUAGAUCGCAGCCACAGCAGAUCUCCGUCUAGAAGUAACAGCAGUAAGCAGAUGAAGCCCUCAGAAAGCGGUCACACACAGCCCCUGAAUCAACCAUCCAAGGAGCAAGAUGAAGUGGGAGACGUGGUGACCAUUGAGGAUCUGGUUUCGGUCCCAGGGAGGUUUAUGAGGCCUCCCAAGAUGGUAAUCAUUUUACGAGGACCUCCAGGCUCAGGCAAGACAACAUUGGCCAAGAUGAUAAAGGAUAGGGAAGUUGAGAAUGGUGGUAACCCACCAAGGAUCCUCUGCCUUGAUGACUAUUUCAUGGUGGAAACAGAGAAAAUGAUUGCUGAUCCUGAUACUGGAAGAAAAGUGAAGACGAAGAUUAUGGAGUAUGAGUUUGAGCCAGAGUUGGAGGAAAGCUAUCGAAUGUCACUAAUUAAAUCCUUCAAGCGGCAAGUUGAUGAUGGCUUCUUCCCCUUCAUCAUUGUGGAUUGCAUUCACAACAAAGUGAAACACUUUGCUGAGAUGGCUACCCAUGCCAAAAAGUGUAAUUUUGAGGUAUAUAUUGGUGAACUAGAGGUAGACCAGAGUAUCUGCCACAGAAGAAACACCCAUAACCACUCCAGAGAACACAUCCAGAACAUUAUACGCCAGUGGGAGAAGACGCCAGCAUCAUAUACAAGAGUAGAUCUGACGCCAUUCAUUCAAGAUGCUGCUAUUGAAGAGGUGGAAAUGGAAGAUUCCAUGGAACCAGCAGCUACAGAUAAAGAGAAAAAAGAAGAUGUAGAAGAUGAAGAUGAGUACAAGGAAGCCUUCAAAAAGGUUUAUAAUGAUUUUAUUCGGAGCAAAUGGGAUACCAUGGAAACCCAAGAAGAGAAACUCGACAAGCUUGAUGGUGUGAGGUCGGCCAAAAAGCGCAUGGGGACCGGACAACCCAAGUCUAUUGAAGAUUGGCUCCAACUCUCUGAAGACUAUGAUUCAAAAGUAGCACAACCUGGAAAGAAACGGGUACGCUGGGCUGAUGUAGAGGAGAGAAAGAAGCAAACAGCAGCUCGGGAACGCGGUUUUGUCCUGGGCCAGACAGACUGGGGUCGAAUGACUGACUUGUCCUUUGGCAACAAUGCUCUCGUUCAGAUCCGUUACAUUGAAGGACGUGAGAACAAGUGAGCACCUUACGCGUGUCUCACUCUACCAAGUGUACCUUUUUGAGUAACACUGGCAAAGGUGUUUCAUUUUAAGUUUCUGAGCAACAGGAGCAUUUCUGAAAUGUGUUUUUUGCUAUUGAUGAUUUCUGCAACCUUGUUUUAGAGGAUUAUUGUCUCAGUGUGAUAAUUUACCCUCCUAUAUUUUUUUUUCUAUUGUUUCACACUUUUCUUUUAGUUUGUUAAUAUUAGUAUGUGAAUUAGUCUAUUUUUACUAAUUUGAAUGGCAUAUCAUGAAGUUGGUAUUGAAUCGCUUGUACCAGUAUCCUAUACUGAUGGGAUGAACAUCAGUUAGUGUUAGCUGAAAGCACAUUAAUGUAAUUACUAUGAUUCAGAAAGGACAGUACAUUGCCAUAGAAAUAGAUUCAGGUAAAAAUCUGAAGUUAACCUUUCAUAUGGUGCUCCAGGAUGUUGGAUUUUUAACUGGAAUUUCCUUGAUUUUUGUAGUUUCUUACUUAUACAUGAUUUGAUCAGAAAAGUAAGUAAGGAGCAAGUAAAAGGUGAUUUUUCUCUUCUUCCUCUGCAGAACAUUUGUGUAAAUUAUAUUUUUCAUACAGCACUCUGUGAAACUUUUCGUCAUUGGAAUAAUGAUGUGACCUCAGUUAGAAUUGUGUUUAUUGAUUACAUGAUGAAUAAUAAAAAUUUCCCACUGGGUUUCCUGCUUUGCGGCACUUGAUAGUAAGGCAGUGGAUCUGUUUCUUAAAUUCGUGAACCCUCUUUUUUUUAUUAUUACUAUUAAUUUAGGUGUAAUUUCUUCCCCUCCCCCCCUUUUCACAAGUUGCCGAAACUAGAUUGCUGCUAUUAUUUAAUGUUUACAACAUACCAACAUGCUCACUUUAGUUUUUAUUUAAAUUACCUGCUGAUACAAUUAUCAUUGGAACUCAGGUUUCCAUGUCAAUAUUUUUUAUUGAUAUUUUUUUACAUUUGCAUUGUCUGUGUCAUGUUCAUUUUAUUAAUAAACAAAUGAACAAUGUUUAUCAAGUAGGUUGACAGACCAUUGUAAUCUUAGUGACUGAAGGUCUAUAAAAAUGCAUGAAAUUGCUGACAAAAAAAGGAAAAAACAAGAUUAAAAAAGAAAAAAGGAAAAAAAAA